GGGUCAGUGCGGUAAGGGGAAAUGAUAGGCACCAGAGGACUCCGAGAAAACCCCCGACGUGCCCGGGGCUCCAUCAGUGAGCGGGGGCCGCGCUGGCCCCGCGGACGAUACGCUGGCGCAGGGUCACCGCGGCUGUCGCUGCAGCUCCAGCUGGGGAAGCGGGGAGCCUGGCGGGCCCAGAGGGAACUUCAGGUGGCCGUGGCAAAGUAAGAAAGGUGUCAGCAAGGCUUUAGCAAUUCUGAGAGACACCAGGCGAAGGGCGGAAUGACCGGGUCCGUCCCCGCGGGGAGCAGAGGCGGCGGCGCGGGCCCUUCCCGCACAUUCGGGCAGGGGAUGCGCUGAGGCAGCCGCUCCGGUCCGUCACCGCCCCGGCUGCGAUGCUCCGGGGCGGGAUCGGCGCUUCGCCACUCCCCGCAAUCCCCCGGGUGGCCCCGCGGAAAGACAGCGGGUGCCGCCCCGGGGAUCCUGGGCCCCUUCGUCAAGCCCCCCUCGUCCCCACCCGGGCUCCCCCGGCCCUGGCCGCUGCCCCCACCCCUUCGGCCUCCGCCCUCCCCUCCCCUUCCCCUCCCGGUCCCUCCUCCCCGCCGGCGCCGGCCGUGCAGCCUCGACUGAGGGGCGGCUGCCGCUGCUGCCGGCGGCUCCGGGAAAAUGUCCGAGCGCGGCGGCUUCUACCGGCAGGAGCUGAACAAGACCGUGUGGGAGGUGCCCCAGCGCUACCAGAACCUCACCCCCGUCGGCUCCGGCGCCUACGGUUCCGUCUGCUCAGCUUAUGAUACCAAAACAAGACAGAAGGUGGCAGUGAAAAAGCUUUCAAGACCUUUUCAAUCACUUAUCCAUGCCCGGAGGACCUACAGGGAGCUUCGGCUGCUGAAGCACAUGAAGCAUGAGAAUGUUAUAGGACUGCUUGAUGUUUUUACACCUGCAACAUCAAUAGAAAACUUUAACGAAGUAUAUCUCGUGACAAAUUUAAUGGGUGCUGACCUGAAUAACAUUGUGAAGUGCCAGAAGUUAACAGAUGAUCAUAUACAGUUUCUCAUCUAUCAGUUACUUCGAGGUCUCAAGUAUAUUCACUCAGCUGGAAUCAUCCAUCGGGACCUGAAGCCCAGUAACCUAGCUGUUAAUGAAGACUGUGAAUUGAGGAUUUUAGACUUUGGUUUAGCUCGUCAAACUGAUGAUGAAAUGACUGGAUAUGUUGCAACAAGAUGGUACAGAGCUCCAGAAAUUAUGUUAAACUGGAUGCACUACAAUCAAACAGUUGACAUAUGGUCGGUUGGAUGUAUCAUGGCAGAGCUAUUGAAGGGAAAGGCUCUAUUUCCAGGAAAUGAUUAUAUCGAUCAACUGAAGAGAAUAAUGGAAGUUGUGGGCACACCCAGUUCAGAACUUCUGAAGAAGAUAUCAUCAGAACAUGCAAGAAAAUACAUCGAAUCUCUUCCACAUAUGCCUCAGCAGGAUUUGAAAGCAGUGUUUCGUGGUGCCAAUCCAUUAGCUGUAGAUCUUCUUGAGAAGAUGCUUAUUUUAGACAGCGAUAAAAGGAUCACGGCCUCGGAAGCACUGGCGCAUCCCUACUUUGUGCAGUACCACGAUCCCGAUGAUGAGCCUGAGGCUGAGCUCUACGACGAGUCCAUAGAGAACAAGGAGAGAACCAUAGAUGAAUGGAAAGAACUUACCUAUGAAGAAGUGAAUAGCUUUAAACCACCCGACUUGAAAAUGGACAGCCUGGAGAUAGAACAGUGAACGCAGGCAGCUCUGUCUUUGCCUUGCUGCACUAUGAAGACUGUUAAAAUAUAACCAUACAAUUUAACCUGUGGUCAGACAUACAUUUUACUAUCCAAAGAUGUUGGAGGACAUGUGGAAAAACAGAUGCAUUAAACAGAAGCCAGAUGUCUGGUUUGGGUGGAGGUGUUUUUUGCCUUGUAAUAUGAAUGUAUUCCCAACUCACAAAGGGUGGUAAAGAACUGCUUCAUUCUGACAAAAUUAUGCACUGAGUUCUGUCAAGCUGUGUGUUCUGCAUGUUUCAUUUUAUCAGUUGUAUUGCCAAAAUAAAGGUGACCUUUUAAAUUAAUUUUAAAAUUGUACAUUUAAAGCAUGAAUGUAUACAAACAUAAACAAGAAGUCCAUACAAGCAAUCCUUUUUUUUUUUUUUGUGGCAUUUUAUCUGUUUGUUUUCGUACUAUUUAUAGUUAGUGCCUUUAUGAAGAGAGGGCGUGGUAGUGAGAUAGACAGAAUAUGCAUAUGUAGUCAUAUCUGUGGUGGUCUUACACAUGUACUGGAUGUCUCUCAAGCAAUCUUAACACCAGUUGAAAGUCAGUAAAAAUAAAUCUUUCUCUUCUCUUGCCAUUCAAGUGUCUGUUCUCAUUAUUUUCCACAUCUAUUUUUUAAUCUGCACAAUACCCAUUUGUGAGACAGUUUUACUUCCUGGUGUAUUCCUCACCAUGCCAUUGCUGGACUGUUGGUGAAUUUGCCUGGGUUACAGGAAGGUGCUGUGAAGGUGCUGCAGCAGAGCUCUGUAGACUUCUGCAAGCUUCAGCAAAGGCUGUCAUAGAGGACAGUCCAGGAGUGCUCAGUUCAGUUCACAGCUUUGAAUUAAAUAUUCCACAUUGUCUUAUUUUCCUUCACAAAAUCCUUAGGAAAGUAAUCGAAUAUUUGCCAUUGGAAGACAUGACAAAACAAGGCGAUUCAAGAAUUUGACACAUUAUCAUUGAAGUUUCUUUUUAUGCAAAAUUUUAAAGGUUUUCCAACUCCGAAAAGUUGGAAAAUUAAAUUUAAAAAUUGCAGGACACAUCAGACACCAAGAUUUUUUUAAAGAAUCAAAUUUAUCUGAUUCCUCCAUUUUACUGUAUACAGGAACAUAACAUGCAUAAUACUGUAACAGGAACAUCCUUUUGGCACAAGGCCUCUUGUAUUGUAUUGGCUGUGUCUUUGUACACACUUGUGAUUCACAGCUGUUUAAUGUUUAAUUUGUGUCUUGUUCUUGCUCUGUCAGAGUCUUAUUUUAGAAGUGGCUUUUUAUAAUAUUUAGGUUUUCUGAAACUUUGUCAUUAAUAUUCAAUUGUAUAGCAGUUAUAUAAGGUAAUGGAUUCUACUGCAUUUACUUUCCUCUGUAUUUUUUCUAUGUAAAAAUAAAGGCUUUUUCUUAAUAAAAAGAUUUAAAAACAAAAAA